AUGUCUGCGCCAACUAUUUGCAUGGGGCAGUACCUCUUCCAGAGAAUCAAGCAACUCGGAACCGAGCAUAUUCUAGGCGUCCCAGGGGAUUUCAACCUCGCUCUUCUGGAUGAAAUCUACAACGUCUCGGGCUUGAAAUGGAUGGGCUGCUGCAACGAACUCAACGGCGCGUAUGCUGCUGACGGCUACACGAGGAUCAAAGGGUCUCCGGGUGUGCUGGUCACGACCUAUGCGGUGGGGGAGCUGUCGGCGAUGAAUGGGGUGGGAGGCGCGUAUGCAGAGCAUGCGGGCAUGAUUCACAUCGUCGGCAUGCCGUCACGAUCGUUGCAGAAGACGCGAGCAAUGCUGCAUCACACCAUGAAGGCGAACAUGGAUCACGCGACCUACAUCCACAUGGCAGCACCAAUCCGAGAGACCCAUGCCUACCUGAUGGACGACACCACAAUGGCCGAGGAGAUCGACAGAACCAUCGUGGCCUGCGUACGCAGUCGGCUUCCGGUCUACAUCUACGUCCCUGCCGAUACUGUGUCGGUGCAACUGGACGCAAAGCGACUGGAAACGCCGCUGGACCUGACUGUGCGCAACCAAGACGGCACGACGGAAGAUGAGAUUGUCAGCAGUAUUCUCUCUCUCGUCGAGAAAGCUUCAACCCCCGUGAUCUUGGCUGAUGUGCUCGCUGUACGCCACGGCGGUCAAGAGUUGACCAGGGAGCUCGCCGAGCUCACCCAGUUUCCCAGCUAUUCUACCCCCUUGUCGAAAGGUGUGAUCGACGAAACUCUCCCUUAUUACAAUGGGCUGUACAAUGGAAAAGUGUCAUUUCCUGGGGUGGCUGAGGGCAUCGAGAAUUCUGAUCUCGUCCUGAAUCUCGGGCCACUGCUCUCAGACUCCAACACUGGGGGUUUCACGAGAGACAUCAAAGACGACCAUCUUGUGCUCCUCGGCCACGACGCCUGCCAAGUCAAGGAUCAGAAGUUUGAUGGUGUCCACUUCCUCCCGAUCCUGAAAAAGCUGGUGGCAGCACUGAAAGCAAAUCCCAAGAAAUACAACCUUCCUCGUCCGCAGCAGGCGCCGAGAACCGAAGCCCCCGUCCUCAACGACUUGAAGUCUGGACAGAUCCAGCAAUCGUACGUCUGGCAACGACUCGGCCGUUUCUUGAGAAAAGAUGACAUCCUUUUGGUCGAGUCUGGCACAGCUCAAUUCGGCAUGCCAGACGCCACCUUUCCACCCAAUGUCAAGUUCAUCACCCAAACCUUCUGGUCGUCUAUCGGGUACACGGUCGGUGCCUGCUUUGGAGCCAUGAUCGCGGCAAAGGAGCUCAAGGACGGCGGGCGCGUAGUCUUGAUCGUCGGCGAGGGGAGUCUCCAGAUGACGGUGCAAGAGAUUGGAUCAUACAUCCGCUACGGCUUCAAACCCAUCAUCUUUGUCAUCAACAACAACGGAUAUGCCAUCGAGAGAGCAAUCCAUGGCCCACAACAGGGUUACAACGACGUCAGCAUGAUGUGGGACUACCAGAAGAUGCUUGGUUUCUUCGGCGCUCGAGAAGAUACUGGCGUCCAGGCAAAGAGUCGAGCCACCAAGACGGUUGAAGAACUCGAGGCAGUCCUGAACGAUGCUGACUUUGCGAGUGGAAACAGUAUCCAGCUGUGUGAAAUCUUCAUGGACACCUUUGAUUAUCCGUGGAGAUUGACCGAGCAGGUGGCUAUUGGUCAAGCGCGUGCGAAGCGGGAGGCCGAGAAGUAG